CUUCUGUCAGGUGAAAGCUUAUCUGGGUAUGGAGAAUUGGUCGUCGUAGUUCGAGAAUGUCUAUGUUUGUUAGGGAUCCAUGUGGUUUAAUGUGCAUUUUUCUAACCUACAUUGCUGUAUUUUAUGCUGAUUAUGUGGUGGUUCGGUGGGUUAUUAUGCAAACCAUGCAGGACAGCUUAUGGGCUCCGUUUCAUGUUGUACUGUUCAAUACGGUGAUAUUUUUGGUGUCUUUUUCUCAUUUACGUGCGAUGUGUUCUGAUCCAGGGGCUGUACCUUUGCCCCAAAGUAGAAUGGAUUUUUCUGACAUUCAUUCAGGAUCAGAUACAACAUUAAUUCAGCAUGAAGACUGGACUGUUUGUACUAGAUGUGAAACAUAUAGACCUCCGAGAGCUCAUCACUGUCGAAUCUGUAAGCGUUGUAUUCGAAGAAUGGAUCAUCAUUGUCCUUGGAUCAAUAAUUGUGUUGGUGAAAGAAACCAGAAAUACUUUAUACAGUUUUUAGUCUGCGUUGGAAUUUUAUCAUUUUAUGCAAUAAUAUUAGUUAUCACAUCAUGGGUUAAAGCAUGUCCAACUUGCAGUUCUGAAAUAACUGUUCGACAGUCCAGAAUUGUUCAUUGCAUAAUUCUAGUGAUGGAAAGCAGCCUUUUUGGAAUAUUUGUCUUGGCUAUUCUGUAUGAUCAAAUAGAAGCCAUUUUGAAUGAUGAAACAACAAUUGAGCAAUUGCAAGCUGCAAAAGGAAGCAUGUCGAUACACAAAAUUAUCAUGAGUCAAAUUUGUAGGCUUCCUUGCUAUAGUGGAAGCUUAUCCCACCGUUCGACAUUAAAUACUCACUCAGUCUGACGAUCUAGUAAGCCAUUGUUUUAUUAAAUUAUAUUCUAUUUCCAUUGUAAUUUGCUUUAGUUAUACAGAUAUUCUUCUGUUGGAGACAUCGCUCUCAAAAAUUCUUGAAUCAUAGUAUUGCCCAAAUAUAAACUUAUAUACAUUUUGGUACUUUUUGUCUAAGCGGCCGCUACUGACUGCUAUCUGCCAAUGUUUAUAACCUGAACACUGAUAGCUCCCAUAAUGCAGUGAUAAGCCUUCUCCUACUUCACAUCUUCGUAUUAUUGUAUUAAAUUCGUAUUAUUGAAAGUGUAAACAGAUACAAAAACAAAUGUAAUAACAACAAAAAUACUUUUAUUU